AUGUCUAUGAUUGAAAUCAGAUAUUGAUAAAUAACCACAUAGCUUGAUAAAUGCGAACAUAUAUUCUAUCUGAGAUGCCAUAACUUUAUAUAAAUGAAUAAAAUUUUAUCAAUUAUAUUAAUAACUUUUCUAUAUUUCGAGAUUAUUUAAGUAAAAACUCGCGGAGCUUUGUGGAAACGACUGAAAAGUAACGUUUAAUUACAGUUAACCACAUAAAUUCUUGAUAAACUGUUAAUUGUUGUUGAUCCUGUAUGCGAGUACAUUCUAAAUUGCUAGUUGCUGUUUAGCAGUGGGACUGUUAUUUUACACUUGGUAUGAUGCAAGGAGUGUCUAAGAAAUUUUGCAAUAUCAUGCAUAAGAUUUCAACAUUUACGGGAAAAAAUUAUGGAACAGUACAAAUAGCACCGUUACAGCAAGCUGCUUUGAAAGAACGUUGUAUACUUAUAGAUAAGUUCGAUAGACCUAUUGGCGAAGCUACAAAAGAAUUUUGCCAUGAAAUUAAUGCAGAAGGAAGUGUACCGCUUCAUAGGGCAUUCAGUGUCUUUCUGUUCAAUAGUAAAGAAGAGUUGUUACUCCAAAAACGUUCCAGUAAUAAGAUAACAUUCCCAGAUCAUUACACAAAUACUUGCUGCAGUCAUCCAUUGGCAGAGAUUCCUUCUGAAAUGGAAGAGGAAAAUGCUAUGGGUAUACGCAAAGCGGCUAUAAGAAGACUCAAUUAUGAACUAGGUAUACCCAUCGAUGCAAUUAAACCUCAUGAAUUAUUUUAUGUGACAAGAAUCUACUAUGAAGCAAUGAGUAAUUCACGUUGGGGUGAACAUGAGAUCGAUUAUGUGUUAUUUUUGCAAAAGGAUGACAUUACUAUAGAUCCUAAUCCCGAUGAAGUAAGCGAGGUUCGAUGGAUGCCUAGAUCAGAGAUUAAAAAUUUUGUAAAAACUAUGAUACCGUUAACACCAUGGUUCCGUCUAAUAUAUCAAUACAAACUGUUGCAUUGGUGGGACAACCUACAUACUAUACAUAAAAUGCAAGAUCUUGAUAACAUAAACACAUUAUCGAACUGAUUGUCAAAAUAAACUCACAAAUUUUGAUUACCAAAGAUUUUUUCAUAUUGCAUUUUUGCCAAUUAAUUUUCUGUAAUUUAAAAUAAUAAAUAUUAAAUAUAUGGGAUCUGUUUUUAACUGUAUUUUUUAACUUGAAUAUUUUAUAUAUGCAUAUUUUUAUAUACAUUGUAUAAUCCAGAUGUAUGGAAAAAAGCAAUUUUUUUAAUAUAAAAAAAUUGAAUAUGUGUACAGAAAAGUAAGAAAGAAUUUGUGAAACCUCCUUUCUCGAGAUCUGCAUAACAAAAAUAUAAUACAAAAUUUAAAUAUUUUUUGAUACAAAAAAACAUGCACAUAUUUUAUUAAAGCAAUAUAAUUGUUCCUAAAUAAAUUUUAUUAUAACUUGAA